AUGUCUGAAAGUGUCAAGGAAAAAUGGACGUACUUGGAAGAGCUACGACGUAGGAAACAAGUUUUGUUGAAUGGCGCAACUGAAACAGAGCCAAUUACUUUUGAAUCCAAAGGAGACGAUGAAACUACUGCACAAAUCGAACCUAUAAUAGAUGAGAACAAACAAUCUUUUAAAAUGACUACAAAUAGCCUGGUUACAGAAGAUGUUGGUGUACAAACUAUGGCUGUUGAGAUGAUCGAUGAAGGAUUCGAUGCAAGGCCAUUAAAGGGAAACGAUGAUGAUAUCCUUGUAGUCAGUGAACAAUUUGUAACAGUUGGUCAACCAAUAUUACUAUCGCGAUUUGAACACUCUAAAGAUGAGGAUGAUAUAAAGUUCGAUUUGGGGCAGUCAGGUUACAAAAUUUUAACAAGAUGGAUAUUUGAUGAGUUGAUUGUCAGUACAGGUGGUAAGUUGGUAUGCGUCUCAACAGACUAUUUUGAUGGGAAAGUCAUCUUUGUGUUUCAACAAGAAGUAGUGGAUAAAAACGAUAUACAGUUGAUGUUAAAUAGCUGGCUAAUUUUGAUUGACAUCAAUCGAUUGGAAGACAAAAUACAAAGAGUGAAAUUUGAAGGUCAAAAAAUCAUCAGGGGACAAUUUGUUAACAAAUCUUUGAAAUCGAAGAUUUUAACUAUACUUUUAACCUCCAAUAUCGGUAAGACAAUUAUUUGCGAAUUCAAGACAGAUUCACAUACAGGUGAGUUGCAGCACUCAAUUGCGCUAAAAAAUUAUCACUAUUCCCCAAUUUAUGCUAUUGAUGAAUUCCAGAAUGUUAGUUCAGGAGAUGAGAGAUUUUUAACUGCAAGCGCUAACGGUAUUCUAAAUAUGAUAAGCUCUACAUCGCUACAGAUUUAUGAUAAGGUAGAUUCAGGCUGUUCAGUGGUGGGCUCAAUUAAAAUUGUACCACCAAAAAGGGCCUUGGUGUUGGAACGCUAUAAUAAGUUUAGUGAUGAUGAUAUAACUGAUAUCGAUGAAAGAGAAUUAUGGUCUCCAACAAGAUUAUUUGUCGAAAAACUUUACAGGGUAUCAAUGUUUGAAGAGAUUGGCGUAACAUCUCUAAGUAUAUCCCCGGAAAACAAUAACCAGGUUUUUGUAGGUACUGAAGAUGGUGGCAUAUAUAAAAUAAUGCUUGAUUCAAUUAAGGACAAGAAAAUAUCGAUUAGUAUGGACAAUCACGGUUUUCUACCGGAAAUGUCCCAACAGAGCAGGCUUAGGAGCAUUUUUCAUACCUCAGAUGUUACCUCGCUAAAAUUUUUAGACAUUACAAUAUCUAACAAGUUUAUGCCAUCGAUUCUAUUAUUAUCAUCCUCUAUGGAUAACUCAGCGUGUAUUUGGGACACAUUAAGCAGCCAGUUGCUAACAAUUAUUAAUGAGCAAUUACCAGUGCUGCAAGCUGAUUGGCUACUCACUGCAAAAGGUUUAAUGGUAUGUAUAUUGACUUGGACAGAACUUAAACUGUACUCGAUCACAUACAACAAUAAAGGGUUGGAGCAUCAAAUUUCAACGCGAAUCUUGGCUUCUUCACUAUUGCAAAGGGAGAACCAAGAAACAGCUCCUAGUUUUUCGACGUUUAAUAUUAUCACUGAGCCAGAUAAAACAGCAAAGAUACUGAUUGGAACCACAAGCCAUGCCACUUUUGAACUAGAACUUCCAGAAUAA